AUGAGCUCUGCAGGCCUACAUGGUGCUGAUCAGCCCGUCUCCAGAAAUGAAGAGGAAGCCACAUCUGCCGCAGGUCAUGGCGGCGAUUAUUCUGGACCCCACAAGCCAGACAGUCUCGGUGUCAACGACGCGUCAGCUGAGGAUGCGGAGACGAAUCUUUCCAGCGCCACUGAGAUGCUAUCUGGCCAGGCCGAUGACAAGGUGGUGGGCACAGAGAUCGAGCCACCUCGCUCGACCUUGUCAGAGGAUCCGACUCCGAAUCUCGCUUCGCUUCAGGCGCCAGCAGCUCCGACCAUCACCAUCGAAAGUCAGCCACAGCAACCUGACUUGCUAAACGCGUCGAAUGCCCCCAUUGCGGGCCCCUCGAAUGCAAUUAACGAUGUCUACUCCACCCCGCCUUCCAUCCGCAAGCGUCGCAUGCCUCCUGGCGGUCCCAAAGGAAUCCUCAAGCCAGCACCGCCCCCCUCCAAGACCUUUUCCUUCCGCAGAGAUAUCCUGCAGUCUCUGAAUACGCGCUUGGCCCAAGGGGGAGUGGGCGUGCAGGUUCCAGUGCCUGCUGGGAGCAGCCUGAGCGCACUCAGUGGGUCAGCACAGGGCACAGCUCAAGCAGCUGGAAACCUCAUUGGAGGAGUGUUCAAAAGGUUGGGAGGCCUGGCGGCGGGGGUUGCUGUACCGGGAAUGGGUGUGGAUGAACAAGCUCGCUCUGCAUCUCGGCCAUUUGCAAGCUCGAACACCGGCGCUCCUUCACAGAGAGGCGGUGUAGCCCUCAAUUCUCCGACCAGUACAUCUUCGCCAGCGUCAUCAGCCUUUUCGGAAGCUUCGCUGCUCCCGACCAAUACCCUACCAGCCCCCGCCUCGAGUCCGAGGCCCUUGCGGCGGGUGCAGUUUCGGGUCAAUUCGAUGCGCAUCACCUACCCCAUACAUGGCAGCAUCGCACCUGGCGAUGAGGACGCUACUCGCAAACGCGUCGAAAAGGAGCAUAGGGAAUGGUUGAGGCAGAGAAAGGAGAUGGCUUGGGCUGUGCCGGAGCUCGAGAAGUUGUAUAGGGAGUGUUGCAGAACACGGGAAGAAUAUCCGCUCAAGAAGAUGCGGGCAGUCUUCGAGGUGAGUUGCGAGUCGAAGACGGCCACUUGGUUUAGAAGCAUGUGCUGAUACGAAGGCGCUCUGUGUGUUCUAUGAUGACACAUAGGAUGCGCAAAGGUCUGCUCCUCCUGCGCUGCGAACUAUGGACUUGUCCUUUGUUCCUUUGGACCGAGCAGCGAUAGAGCCGAUAUCGGACUUGCUUAGCAUCGAUUUCAGUCUGCAAAAGCUCGUCCUUGAGAAUUGUGGCUUGACUGAUGAUGUGAGUGUCUGACGAUACAGCUUCGGACCUGCUGUGCAGCGCGACCAGCUCGCUUACUACGUCGGCACCGGGACAGGGCUUGAAAUCCAUCCUACACGCUCUGCUUGUCUCUGGUACUCUUCCAACCCUUUCACUGGCUGCCAAUAGGAGGAUCAAAUACCACGGCUGGCGCUUCGUCGGCAUCUUCAUGCGCCGAGCCCGAGCGCUGCGGUAUCUCGAUCUGAGCGAAAACUCGAUCAACAAGGCGAGCUUGGAGCAUAUCACCGGCGCCAUCGCCAGAUCCACACCUCUCUUGAAGGGUAGCGCUGACAACGAAGACUCGAAGGAUGCAAGCGCUCCCGAAGGCAAAGCGUCAGACGCUGGAAGACCGGGCAUGGACGAUAUCGUGGCGCGGCACGACGAGUUUGACGACGAAGGUCAGCCCUUGAUGCCCGACGCCGAACUUCUUCGGGAACGGCAAAACAAGAGCAGCGGCAUCGACGCUGCAAACGGCUGCGACGACGAGACUCUGGUGUCAGGGGUCAUUUCGCUGCGCUUGGAAAAUUGCAACCUGA